UACGCAGGCGACACUUCUGAGCUACGCCACACCAACACCUACCCGGCACAAGGCUGUGUUGCUAGAUCCCGGCACCCUUCAACGCAGACGGGCGAAGCUACUUUCGAUAACCUCAAGUGUGCUUCAGUUGGUCUACGACUCUACAACUCUUCGCCACAACGAGAUAUCCUGAACUUGGUAUGCGUUUUGGACAAAAAAGCCAGCAUUUCCAGAGUCUUUAGUCUGUCAAGCAUCAAUCCACCGUCAGGAUGGGAGGUGUUGACAUGAGCCGCGAUUACUACGCGGACCUGGAGCUCCCGGCAGACGCAGAUACCAAUGAGAUCAAGAAGCAGUUCCGAAAGCUAGCACUCAAGUACCACCCCGAUCGAAACCCAGGCAGAGAAGCCGAAGUCAACUCCCGAUUUCAGGUCAUUCAGUCAGCACACGAAAUUCUUACUGAUCCUCAACAACGAGCCAAGUACGAUGCCGGGCGAACACGAUCGAGAUAUCCCACAGCGUCCGGAGUCCGAGGCAACCCCUGGCAAAACGCCGGUGCCAACUUUCCUCCCCCGCCUCGUCGUAAUGCGACAGCUCGCAAUCCGCCGCCGCCUCCGCCCCCCUCAGGAGCCAGCAGAUAUCGCAACUUUGCCUCGGGCACGGCUCCCACGGCUAAGACCCAGACGAGAGAUGACCCAGAAGCGAAGCGGAAUGCCUGGCACGCCUUUGAGAAUAUGAAGGGUCGAGCCAGUCAAUCUCAGCCAAAGCCUACCAAGGCCCCCGAGACUCCAAAGCGACCAGUCCCCCGGACUCCUUCUCAGAAACAGAGGGCGGAGGCUUCUUUUGGGCGGAAACCUGGCUACACUCCUCACUCGCCAGUCCCUGCAGAUGAACCUCCGGUGAACUCGUCCAACUACUCCACCUCGUCCCGGCACACCAAUAUUUUCGCAGACAAUGCGCGCAGACAGCAAGAGGCAGGAGUGCCAGACCCUCUGGCACAAUUUAGAGACAACUCAGAUUCCCGCCAAAGCACUCCUUACAUGUCACAUGGCGGCGAGAAACUGAACCCGUUCGAUGGCAUCUCUGUGGGGCGAGCCAAAAGCACCCGGGAAAGCCCUCGGCCACCCCAGGAAAGCUACGGGCCCAACCUUUCGCCUGGCAGCGCUCGUCAGCGUGCCCAGAGUGUCCCGCGCCAAGCAAGGACUGAGCCGUCGAGCCCGCGCACGUCGACUUCGACGCCGCAAGACGACCGCCCUAACACGGCGACUGAGACUGCGUCCAACUCCCCUAAGGACCCCUUUAGAUCCCGCGCAAGCGCAAGAUAUACCCCACCGAAUACGGCUACUGGUCCUGCUUCGAACAGUGCGAAGGCCUCUGCUUCUCAGAAUACCAAUGGUGCGAGGAACACAAACACGCCACAAGGAGCUUCAAUCUUUAAUUUCCCGAUCGACGAUGAUACCUUUACCCGAACUGCUGCUCCAGAGCAGCCAACAUUCAGCCGAAGGAGCACUGAGGAAAUUGACACCAGCUUUGUAAACGGCGAUGGUCCAGACGAUUGGAAAUUCAGUGCCGGCAGUCCGAUCCAGGACCAAGCCGCCAAGGUUCGUUCGCAGUCCGGAAGCCGCGUAGGCCGUCGAUCCCCGAUCAAGCGCCCAAGCCUGAGACACCAGAAGGACAUGUCGGGCCAGCCGGCAGGAUCACCGUCUGCAGAAGGCAAGUUUGAUGCUCAGGACUGGACUCAGCAGAUUGGAGCCCAAAACUUCGUACCGCACAAGACGCACUCUACAUCAACAUCCCCUACCCGGGUUUCUCGAGUGAACUCUAGGAAGACCAAGGUCAAGCCGACGGCAGGAGGCAAUGCAGGGCUGGUGAAUGAUGACUAUGAUAGUGACGAGGAGGCCGAGUGGAGAGGAAGGAAAUCAAUGGCGGAGCCCAUCGGUGCGAAUAGCCCGAAUGCUAUGGACAUCGAUCCUCCGCAGACUGGAUCUUCUCAAAAGCGAGAUCAUUCGAACAGCGCGAGAAACAUUCCUGUGGAGCCAUCUCGACCAGAAUGGAGGCCUGGCAAUGGCUUGCAAGAAAAUGGCCCGAAGCUACCUGUACGAAAGUCGGAAUUCAACCCGAACAACGCCGGUUCUGAAGACAGCGAGGAGUUUAGGGCCAGCCUUGCCGAUCUCAAGAACGUGGCGCCAUUCGCGCAAAGCUCUUCAGGCCUAGGUUCCCUGAAUGAUCUCAAGAUGAAUCUGCCGUUCGAGAGUCAGCCCUCAGGCCGCGCUCCGAUCGAGAAGGAGAAGAAACCGUCGCUCGAUUUCCCGGUCAUCCCGCAAGCACCCCGACCCCCGCCUACUUUCGCGGUCAAUUUGAAGCCAACUGGCGGUGCCUGGCAGAAAUACACCCAGGACUUCCAGAGUUACGUUUUGAGAUGGGAGAUCUUCAACGCUCAAGUAAUUGAGCAUUUCAAUGCUCGUAAGGCAAACAUCGCCGAUCUCCGAGCUCGCAAGGGGUAUUCAUUCCUAGUCUCCCGCGGCGAUGAUGAGAUUCACGAAUAUCUUGAGUGGAUGGCACAAGACAAGGAGGUUCGGAGAAAGUGGGCUGUCGCAUGCGAAGACCAUGAAGCACGCAUUCGCGAGUUCAUGGUAUACAAGGGCAAGAUGGCAUGAGCGGAGACUCUUAUUCUACUAGCGCCUCCUAUCUGGGAAGAAUUAUUCUGCCCUCGAAAUCCUUGUUCUUACCUUACGGAGGUGUAUUUUUCAACUUUGACGACAGCUCGGACUAAAUGGGAAACGACACGGAACGAUACCCGGCAUUUGGGAGGAUAUUAAUCACGGUUCGACCUUGUCUCUUGACUGGCACAAUCGACCAGGCCGCGUUGCACAUACACUCACUCGCCGACAUCGU